UGGAUAAAAGCAGGAGUUCACGUAACAGGAGAUGGCGGACACCGGGGACUUCAUGGGUCAGGAGCCACACGCAGAUGACAAUGAUUUAUUCAAAGAACCAAUGAGAAAAAGAAGACGAUCAGAUCGAGAGCAGCAAUUCCGAGCAUUUCCCUCAGUGGAGCAAAGUGCUCUUAAGGAAUAUGAAAAAUUGGAGUCACGGACCAGAAGAGUUUUGAGCAACACUUACCAGAAACUUAUUCAGUCUGUCUUCCUGGAUGACAGCAUCCCUAACGGAGUCAAGUAUCUCAUAAACAGGCUUCUCAUCCUGAUUGAAAAGCCACCAUUGGACCCGAUCUACAUUGGAUUACUUGGCAGCGCUGGGGCUGGGAAGAGCUCCCUGAUCAACGCCAUCACCCAGCAAGCAAUGUUUCUACCCGUGUCUGGAGAAAGCGUCUGUACUUCAUGCAUAGUACAAGUGAGCUCGGGCUGCCGCGAGCAGUAUGAGGCCAAAGUCCACCUUCUCUCUGACCAGGAGUGGAAGGAGGAGCUGAAGAACUUGACUCAGCUCCUGCACAGGACGGAGGAGCUGGGUGGAGCAGAGGCAGGCACCUGGGACAGGGACGAUGCAGUGCAGGAAGCCACCUGGAAGCUGCAGACGGUUUACGGAAAUGGGGCAGAGAGGAAGAACUACGAGGAGUUACUAAGGGCCAGGCCCAAAGGGAAGAUCCCCACCUCCAGAGUCGUCACCCUCAAGGCAGAAGAGGCAGGAGAGCUGUCCGCCAAGCUGGACCCCUAUAUCCGGACUCAGAGGAGAGACUGGGAUGGAGAAUCAGCUGAGACUCAUAUCUGGCCCUUGAUCAAACACGUGGAAGUGACCCUUCCCAAAUCUGAGCUGAUUCCAGAAGGGGUUGUGCUGGUGGACAUCCCAGGCACGGGAGACUUCAACAGCAAGAGGGACGAGAUGUGGAAAAAGACCAUCGAUAAAUGCUCAGUGAUCUGGGUGAUCAGCGACGUAGAAAGAGUUUCAGGGGGAAGAGCCCAUGAAGACCUUCUGAAUGAGAGCAUCAGGGCCUGCCAGCGGGGUUCCUGCAGGGACGUUGCCCUGGUGGUCACCAAGACUGACAAACUCCACUUGCCGGAAUACCUAAGGGAAAGAAAGGCAGGAAAUCAAGCUAUUCAAAGUCAACGAGAGGCUGUUUUAGAAAGAAAUGAAAUGAUAAGACUACAAAGGAAUAGAUUCCUCAAGGAAAAACUGAAGAGAAAACUGCCAGCUGACUCCAAGGUUCUAGAAGCCUCAGAUCUGGUGUACACAGUAAGCGCCCAAGAGUACUGGCGGCAGGUUCUCCUCACCGAGGAGGAAACUGAAAUCCCCAAGUUAAGAGAAUACAUAAGGAAAAGGCUCUUGGACAAGAAGAGGAGGUUGGUGACCAAGUUUGUCACUGAAGCCUUUGGCCUGUUGCUUCUCACUGACAGUUUCAACUCCGUGGGAAACCUGCCGAACGAACACUUGCACAUGAGCGGCCUGCGCAGAUUGGUGGAAGAGAAGAUAGAGCUGCUGGAGACGGCCAUCGAGCAGUGCUUUGCCCACAUCCAGCAGCCCCUGCAGCAAGGGGUCAGCAACGCCAGGACUUCCUAUCGACACAUCCUCAGGGCAUGCCUGGUGAGGAGUAAGGGAAACCAAGGCUUUCACCAGACUCUAAAAGCUGUUUGCCUGAAAAAUGGCGUCUAUGCCUCCAGGACUUUGCCAAGAAUCGAUCUGAAUGAAGCCAUCACCCAGCCCAUCUAUGACCAAAUUGACCCUGUGUUUGGAGGCAUUUUUAGGGCUGGGAAUCCCACUGGCUUAGCUCUGAUGCCUCACAUAGAAGCUUUUAAGCACUCCCUGCAGGAGAAAAUGAUGGAAAUCGGGAUGAGAAAUGGCUGGAAAUAUGACAGCUGCAAAAAAAGUUUCCUGAUUCAGGAGAUAAGCGCCAUCCUGGGAGGCCUGGAGGGACAAGUGCUCAGAAGGAAGAGGAGGAUCUACUCGUCUAUCACCGCCUCCGUUCAGAACGACCUGAAGCCCUGCUACGAAGAGGCAGCUCAGAUCACUGGCAAAAAAGCAUGUGAGAGAAUGAAGGACGUCCUCCGAAGAGGGGUGGACCGGCAGGUGGCUGAGGGCAUGUUUGAAAGGGCUCAGGAGAGGAUGCAGCACCAGUUCCAGCAACUGAAGAGUGCAAUCACAGAGAAGGUGAAGGGCAGUGUUGCCACCAUGCUGACCCUUGCCUCAUCCCAGGGGGAUGGGCUCUACAAGGAGCUUGCAGAUGUCAAAAAUGAAUACAAGGAGAUGGAAAAGCUACACAGAAGCCUGAGGGAGGUGGCUGAGAAUGCGCUGCUGCGGAGGGGCAUGCAAGAUUUCCUCCUGAGAAUGUCCCCCAGCAAAGCUGGACCCCCCAGAACACAACUUUAAUUCUUGGGGCUUAUCCCCAGUGGGAUGGAAAAUAAGCCUGCAGCCACAUAAUCAGAAUUACUUCUGUUUUUUGUAAUCUAGUAAAGAACAUCUCCCAACUGUUUGGGCUUUAUAUAUAAUAUAAAACUCAAUAAAUUGUUGCUUCUAGCUUAAUUUUA